AUGUCAAACAAUACCACGCAACCAUCCUCUUCCUCGAUAAGUUGGCUAAAUUUAUUCCUGAAUAUUCUAAUUAUUAUGAAUAAGAAAUAUAAAUUAGAUUUUUGCAUUAUAUCAAAGUGCAUGUCAUUGAAAAUGAUAAAUUUCAUGUCAUUGAUUGAAAAUGAGAGGAAACUCACUCUAGAAAUUGAACAAAAGAUCGUGCCAAAUAUGUAUUACCAAAUCUCAUUCAGAAGCACAAAAACGAUGAGAACCUGGCCAGCAAUGAAACGGGAAUAUUACAAAAAUUGGACACUCAUAGCAGUUGUUCGAGAUCCACUGGAUCGAUUUGUCUCAGGAUUCACUAAUCGAUGCAUCUUUGAUGGGCGAAUCAAAAGGAAUGUAUGUUAUGGAUGUAAGACUAAUAUUAAAUGCUUUAUCGAAAAACUGUACAACAGAAUGGUUCAACAAAUACAAAACAAAGUAUUUUUAACUGGUGAUAUAGAACACCAUUUCUAUCCGCAAACUUGGUAUGCAGCAAUGAUUAAAUCAUAUUUUUUUGUAUUAAUUCGUUAUAAUUCGAAUCGGUCAGUGAUUGCCGAACAAAUUGAAUCGAUCUUUUCCAAUGUUCCAAAAGCGACGAUAGAAGCAAUCAAGGUCGAUUUAAGCGGAACAGCUCACCAAACACGUGGAAAUAUUGCCGUCAAACAUGUGCGGGAAAUUGUUGAAAGUGAUCCAAUUUUGUUGAAAAAAAUUAUUUCCAUGUUUUACUAUGAUUAUGCUAUUUUUGGUUUUGAAAUGCCAUUGAAAUUAUAA